AGAACAUUACGUCACGGAUAAAAGGAGCCCGCGAACAAGAUUACACAAACGACUAAUUGAAUAUCAGGCGUCGGCAAGCAAUCAUCCCAAUGCCAUGAAGUGGAUAUUACUUCAAGUCGGAAUAUUUGACGAAGAGAUCCUCAAGCACGACAUUUCGACAAUUACGACGGCCUUCAAUAGCCCAAAUCAAUAUAUCUUUUUGAACGUCACGGUCAAGGAAGAUUUAGCCCAAUUGGUCGGUGAGGUAAUAGUUUCAAAUAGAAUCAUACCAAACAGAAAUUACGUGGUCGGGGAUUUUGUCGCACACACAUUCUUGGGUCACGCAUACCAAGUCGUCAACAAAGGCAUCGAAUUAGAUUUUAGUAUGCCGGCAGAUAUCUCCGAAUUUGAGACGACUAAUCAAUUACGCCUAUCCGGAAUUGUUUCUGCUCGCCCACUUCCAAAAAUUCUUUAUCCAGGCUGUAGCAUGUUCUUUCAUAAACUCGGCAUCGAAAUAUCAUUUCAGCAUGAUGCGAUCAUCUAUAAACUAUUGAGAAAUCACAAGCGUACUCCACUCAAGGAUUGGGUUCGUAACAGAGUACUUCACCAGGCGCAAUGA